AUGCCUCUGAUGACGAUGGUCCUCUUAGGGAACAUCCACAAAAAGGAAGAAGAGGGCUUAGAAUUACAGAAGGAGGCUGUGCAGUGGUACAAGAAAGGGAUUUCUGAGCUUGAAAGGGGUAUUGCAAUAGAGCUCACUGGGCAAGCUGGAGAGCAGUAUGACCGAGCAAAGAGACUUCAGGAUAAAAUGGUCACCAAACUCACCAUGGCAAAAGACAAGCUUACCCUUUUAGAGACGACACUAGCCUCUAAAAGGAGAAAUGACCCCCAAGGGACAUCACAUCAUGCGCCUUCACAGCCAAAGUCAGUUCCUAAAAGUCAACCCGCAGGUGUUUCCACCACCAUCAGACCCUCCACUUCUGUAAGACCUCCAUUAGGAAUAACUGAUGCAAAGAAAACCGCUCGGGUGGGAAAAACUCAGAAUGGAAGACCGGCAGCUGUGAAACAGCCCCCGAAGAGGGAUAUGAAAAAGAAUGUGGACAGUAAACUGGCCAGCUUAAUUAUGAAUGAAAUUGUAUACAGUGGAGCGACUGUGUCAUUUGAUGACAUCGCAGGGCAGGAUCUGGCAAAGCAAGCACUUCAAGAAAUUGUCAUCCUUCCUGCCUUAAGACCUGAUCUCUUUACUGGUCUGAGAGCUCCUGCACGUGGCUUGCUUUUAUUUGGCCCACCAGGAAAUGGGAAGACCAUGCUCGCCAAAGCAGUUGCUGCAGAGUCUAAUGCAACAUUCUUCAACAUCAGUGCUGCUAGUUUGACCUCCAAAUAUGUGGGAGAAGGCGAGAAGCUCGUAUGAGCACUCUUUGCAGUUGCAAGAGAGUUACAGCCCUCAGUAAUCUUCAUCGAUGAAGUGGACGGCUUGCUCUGUGAAAGGAGGGAGGGGGAGCACGACGCCUCUCGCCGUUUAAAAACUGAGUUCCUCAUUGAGUUUGACGGGUUGCAGUCAGGAAGGGAUGACAGGGUACUUGUAAUGGGAGCAACUAACAGGCCCCAGGAGCUCGAUGAAGCAAUAUUAAGGCACUUUGCAAAAAGAGUAUAUGUGACCUAGACAAGAUUUACGCUGCUGAAAAAUCUUUUGGGAACGCACGGGAGUCCACUGAGCCAAAACGAACUGUCCUGUCUUGCAAAAGUGACUGCAGGAUAUUCAGGGAGCGAUUUGACAGCAUUAGCCAAAGAUGCUGCACUUGGCCCAAUAAGAGAGUUGGGACCUGUUGUGUCCACACAUACUAUUACAUUUGUUCUGUAG